AGCGGCUGCCUCAGGUUUGUUUGUCACUAAUGAAUACUCCUUUGAGUCCUUUCCACCUUUUAAAAUCCUCCCCUCAUCAUUAUCAUAACUAAUUCAAUUUCCAACCCCAGUUUUGUAGGAUCUCCAUUCUCCUAAACAAAGCAAAACCCACCUCUCCCCUUCUCCCUCUUCUUCCCUUUCCCCCCUGAAAUCAAUCAACAUUACCAUAAAUCACCAAAACGCCAAACUUGCAACACCGCCGCAAGUCGCUGAGCUCCACCCAUUUUUGGGCGUCCGUUUUCGCCUAUACAACUCCUUCCUUACCUGUCACUCCAGCUCGGCCAAUCCCCCCAUUUUCACAUUACAGACUAGCCCCUUUCCCCUUCUUCAUUCUUCCAUGGAGGAGGCCUCGAUUUCAAUCUCUCCUACUUCUCCGUGACCCCCCCUCCCCUGCUCGAGGGUCUCCGGCGAUCCCUGAGCAAGGAAUUGAAAUCGGUCCUCCUCUGCUUGUUCAGAAUCCAGACCCCGGCAACAACCCAGCUCUUAGUUUCUCAUCUUUCUUUAAUCUUCUUGACGAUUCUUGAUUCAUUCUUGAAUCUCCGGCGGUUUUGGGGUUCAUUCUUGAAAACCCAGAUUGGAAUUUGCUCAUUUUCCGUCGAAAACGGCCCAACUCAGGCACCCAUGUCGUCUUCUUCCCGGCACCCUUUCCUCCGGCAAGGCUCCUGGAGCCGCCGGCGGCCUGUGCAACUCAAGAACCACGUCUCCGACUGCAAAGACCGACUGGCCGAGGUGGCCGGCGGGACCGCCGCCGAGUGCGCCGCCGUGUGCUGCUGCUGCCCCUGCGGGUUGGUCAAUCUCCUGGUGCUCGUAAUCUACAAGGUUCCGGCGGGUCUGUGCCGGCGCGUGCUGAGGAAGAAGCGGCGGCAGAGGCUGAUCAAGAAAGGGCUGCUCCAGCCGAGCCACCUGCAUUGCACGUGCGACUGCGACGGGAGGGAGCUGCAGUUCCACCCGCUCGGCCGGUUUGAGUCGCUGUCGUCGGAGUUCAAGGCGGUGCAGAAGCUUAUGAUGGAGGACGAUGAGUCGUCUGAUCCGGAUGUGAUUGAGCUCGAGAAGGAGAUGUGGGAUCGGUUUUACGGCACUGGGUUUUGGAGAAGCCCAACUCAGAGAGAGACACCCUCCAUCUCCAACUCCAACUCAAACUCAAACUCAUCUUCCGACUCCAAGGUUGUCGUCUCCGGUACAUAAUUACCCCCCAAAUUACUACUACCCUAAUAUCCAAAGUUACAAAAGCUAUUUUUUUUUCCAACUGGUUUCCUAUGUUCACCUGGAAAAAAUUGUUCUUUACAUGAGGGGUGACUAUUAUGUUUCCAUUUUUCGGGUUCCGUUUUGGUUUUUGCCAAAAGGGUAUCUGGUUAUGGAUUCAGUGUAUAUAGGAGGGAGGGCUGAGGAAAUGGUUUUCGGGUUGAAUUAGAAAUUGGUUGUGCAAAUUGUUGAUAGAGAUUGACUUUGGGGCUAUGAGUGUUGAAGGUUUCAAACGAUUAUAAUGAAAAUGGAUUCUUU